UUCUUAUUUUUCUUCAUAGAUUUUACUUCAGUUUGGCAACCGAAAUUUCCGGUCUUUCUUCAUGAUCCGCUUUUAACCGCGGUAGGCAGAUUUUCUCUCUCAUUUAUUACUACAGUGUCAAGAAAUACUAAAUCAAGAUGGUAAAUUUUACUGUAGACGAAAUUCGUGGUCUCAUGGACCGGAAGAAGAACAUCCGGAACAUGUCAGUCAUUGCUCACGUAGAUCAUGGUAAAUCAACUUUAACAGACUCUUUAGUUGCCAAGGCUGGUAUUAUUGCUGGUGCCAAGGCUGGUGAAACAAGAUUUACAGACACUCGUAAAGAUGAACAAGAACGAUGUAUUACCAUUAAAUCUACUGGCAUAUCAUUAUAUUUCAAGUUAGAUGAGAAAGAUUCUUUAUUUAUUAAAGAUGACCAACAGAAAGAAAAAGAUGAAAAUGGUUUUUUGAUUAAUCUGAUAGAUUCUCCUGGUCACGUUGAUUUUUCAUCUGAAGUUACUGCUGCCUUGAGAGUUACUGAUGGUGCUCUUGUGGUUGUUGAUUGUGUUAGUGGUGUAAGUGUACAAACUGAAACUGUCCUUAGACAAGCAAUUGCUGAACGUAUUAAGCCAGUAUUGUUCAUGAAUAAAAUGGAUUUAGCUCUCUUAACUUUGCAAUUGGAACCUGAAGACAUGUAUCAAGCUUUUGCUAGAAUUGUUGAAAAUGUUAACGUUAUAAUUGCCACUUAUUCUGAUGAAACUGGACCUAUGGGCAAUAUCAAUCUGGAUCCAUCUAAAGGAAAUGUUGGUUUUGGGUCUGGUCUUCAUGGUUGGGCUUUUACCCUAAAACAGAUUGCUGAAAAGUAUGCUGAAAAAUUUAAAAUAGAUGUUGAGAAAUUAAUGAACAGGCUUUGGGGUGAAAAUUUCUACAAUGCAACUACCAGAAAGUGGGCUAAGAAAGCUGGUGAAGGAUACACUAGGUCUUUUGUCAAAUUUGUUUUAGAUCCUAUCUACCAGGUAUUCAAUGCUAUCAUGAAUUACAAAACAGAAGAAAUAGCCACAUUGUUAGAAAAGAUCAAUGUUGUACUGAAAGGAGAUGAUAAGGAUAAGGAUGGCAAAAACUUGUUGAAGGUUGUUAUGAGAACUUGGUUGCCUGCUGGAGAUGCUCUUCUUCAGAUGAUAGCCAUUCACCUUCCAUCACCUGUCACUGCUCAGAAAUACAGAAUGGAGCUUCUGUAUGAAGGACCUCAUGAUGAUGAGGCAGCUGUUGCUAUCAAGGGUUGUGAUCCCAAUGGUCCUCUUAUGAUGUAUAUAUCUAAGAUGGUACCAACAUCUGAUAAGGGUAGAUUUUAUGCUUUUGGACGUGUGUUUUCUGGAACAGCUAAUUCUGGUCAAAAAGUAAGGAUUAUGGGACCAAAUUACAUUCCUGGCAAAAAAGAGGACUUGGCUGAAAAGAACAUUCAGAGAACUGUACUCAUGAUGGGACGAUACGUAGAACCUAUUGAAAAUGUACCUUGCGGAAAUAUCUGUGGUUUAGUAGGUGUUGAUCAGUAUAUUGUAAAGACUGGCACUAUUACAACAUUUAAAGAUGCUCACAACAUGAGAGUUAUGAAAUUCUCAGUCAGUCCUGUUGUCAGAGUUGCUGUAGAACCAUUGCAUCCAUCUGAUCUGCCAAAACUUGUUGAAGGUCUAAAACGAUUGGCUAAGUCUGAUCCUAUGGUGCAAUGUCACAUUGAAGAGUCUGGUGAACACAUUGUUGCUGGAGCUGGUGAACUACAUUUAGAGAUCUGUUUAAAAGAUUUAGAAGAAGAUCAUGCUUGCAUUCCACUUAAAAAGACUGACCCAGUGGUAUCUUACAGAGAAAGUGUACAGUCAGAAUCUGGCAUUAUGUGCUUAUCUAAAUCUCCUAAUAAGCACAACCGUCUUUUCAUGAGAGCAUCACCAUUGCCUGAUGGUCUCCCAGAAGAUAUCGACAAAGGCACUGUUAACACCAAGGAUGAUUUCAAGGCUAGGGCUCGAUACCUUGCAGAAAAGUACGAGUGGGAUGCAACAGAAGCUAGAAAGAUUUGGUGUUUUGGACCUGAAGGCACUGGACCCAACUUGCUAGUAGAUGUAACCAAGGGAGUACAAUAUCUAAAUGAAAUCAAGGAUAGUGUAGUAGCUGGAUUCCAAUGGGCAACUAAAGAAAGUGUGUUGUGUGAAGAAAAUAUGCGUGGUGUCAGAUUUAAUAUUUAUGAUGUUACAUUGCAUGCUGAUGCUAUCCACAGAGGCGGUGGUCAGAUAAUUCCCACAGCUAGACGUUGCUUCUACGCUGCUAUGUUAACAGCUGAACCUCGUAUGAUGGAGCCUGUCUACUUGGUGGAAAUUCAAUGUCCUGAAUCUGCCGUUGGUGGUAUUUACGGUGUAUUGAACAGAAGGAGAGGUCAUGUUUUUGAAGAAUCCCAAGUUGUAGGCACUCCUAUGUUUAUUGUAAAAGCUUACCUACCUGUAAAUGAAUCUUUUGGAUUUACUGCAGAUUUGCGCUCUAAUACUGGUGGACAAGCAUUCCCACAAUGUGUAUUUGAUCACUGGCAGAUCCUUCCUGGAGACCCCAUGGAUGGCAAAUCCAGGCCUUACACUGUUGUCAUGGAAACAAGAAAGCGUAAAGGAUUAAAAGAAUCACUACCAGAACUUGACCAAUAUCUAGAUAAAUUAUAAAUGGACUCUUAAUUUAAAAAAAAAAACAAAAAAAUCUAAACUAGACAGCUGUUAUUUGUAAAGAUUGGUGAAUUGCGAGAAAUAAAGUGCUGACUAGAA